AUGAUCUCUUUUCUCGAGUUCUGGCUGUGUACGCUUACACUAGCCUCGGGCGGAAUCGUCCACCAGGCUCUCACUUGCGGUGAGCAUAUAGCACUGCUCUUCCAAGUGCUAGGCGCUCAUGUGGUUGCCUUUGUUGCCUUUGCUGUGUAUUGGAUGAUCCUCUACCCCCGUUAUUUCACCCCCCUCGGCAACAUCCCCACUCCUUCGCGUCGAAGAAUCCUGACAGGGAACUACCCAGUCCUGUUCCCCGAUAACGCAUGGGUUCCUCUGCGGGAACUCGCCGAAACCACCCCCAACGACGGUCUCCUCCGAAUCUACUCUACGUUGAGCGGCGAGGCCCUCCUGGUGACAAGCCCGCCGGCAAUCAGAGACAUGCUCACAGUCAAUGCCUUUGACUUCGCCCACCAGGACCUCGUCAAGAUUGCUAUCAAGCGAUUCACGGGUAGCAAUCUUGGUUUCCUUAGCAAUGAUGAAUUCAAGCUCCACCGCAAAAACAUGAUGCCAGCAUUCACAGUCCCACACGUCCGAAAAUUAACCAGCAUCUUCUGGGCCAAAGCUCAGGAAAUGGUGCACUGCAUGUCGAACGAGCUCCGCGCAGACCCCUUCGCCCGGAUCAACUUCCGUGAAUACGUGUCUAGGGCUACACUCGAUAACAUCGGGCUGGCGGGGAUGGGCCACGAUUUCCAGACGCUCAAGCAGCCCGAUAACGACCUGCGCAGCCACUACAGGAAACUGAUCCUCGACCCGACCCGCGUGUUUAGCUGGGUGGGGCUGCUGAGUCGGUACUUCGACAUGAGACUAUUGAUGAGGGUGCCGCUAAAGAAGUUGAUCGAGAUCUCGCAAUCGGCGAACUACCUCCGUGCUGUCACGACGGCGGUCAUUCAGGACAGAAGCGAGAAGCUAGUUGAGGCUGAGGAUAACAGGGCUAAGGAUAUCAUCACUGUCGCUCUCGCAAGCGGUGUUUUUGACGAACGCCAUCUAGUCGACCACGUCAUGACCUUCCUAACAGCGGGCCACGAGUCCACCGCCACGGCCUUUGAAUGGACGAUGUACGAGCUAGGCCGCCGGCCGGAGAUGCAGAGCCGGUUAAGGGACGAGCUGCGAGAGGCAAUAGGCACGGAUCUGGCGGCUGUGGACUUUGGAUUACGGGUCCAGAAUCUGCCUUACUUGAAUGCGUUCUGCAGUGAGGUGCUCCGGUGCUAUCCCUUCUCGCCGAUUAUCGUAAAAGUUGCACAGCAGGAAACUACGCUUAUGGGCCAGCGGAUCCCCAAGGGCACUGUUGUGCUGUACUCGGCUGAGGUGUCGAACCAUGACAAGACGCUUUGGGGGCCAGAUGCGGAUAAGUUCGAUCCGGAGCGGUGGAUAGGCGAGGGGAAGGCGAAGUCUGGUGGUGCUUCGAGUAAUUAUGCCAUGCUUACAUUUGGCGCGGGUCCACGGAACUGCAUUGGAGCGAAUUUUGCCAGGGCGACGCUUGAGUGUCUUGUUGCGGCGGUGUUGUCUACGUUUGAGAUUGAGCUUGUGAAUCCUGAUACGGCGGGGAGGUUGAAGUUCGGGCAGACGAAGAAGUCGGCAGAAGGGGUUUACGGAAGGCUUAAGUUUGUACGACCGGUGGAAGUCUAA